AUGUCGGCCUCCCCCUCCCCAGAAAAUGACACAACCACCACCACCAUACCCCUACAAAAGCAAAAAGAACCACCACGAUACAAAAGCUUCGACAAAUUCCGCAAGUUAACGCGACGAGAAGAAGCAGAAGCCAUAGGCCAAGAAUACCAAUACAAGAUCCACCACUUGGACCACACCUACAACCUCGUAAACUCAACCACCACCAAGAUCUUGGAAAUAGGCUUUGCCCCGGGCCAUUUUCUCCAAUAUAUCAUCGACCGACUCUGCGACAUCCACCGUGUGGAUCAAGAUAAGUUGCACUUGCGCGGUAUCAUGGUCUUGGGGUUUGAUAUCUUGUUCAGCCGGCCACCGGUGGGCGCGAGUUCCAUUCAGGGUAAUGUGUUCAGCAAGUUUUCGCGGGGGUUGGUGGAGGGGCAUUUCCGUGACGCGGCAAGGAAGCGGAAGCGCGCUGUGCCUGCUGACUUGGAAACCAGGGACGAUGAUGAUGAGUUGGUCAAGAUGAGUUAUUUCGAUCGGGAGCGGCAGGAGGCCAUGGUGAGAGAAUUAGCGGUAGAAAUGGGCAAGUUGAAAAUUGACGAUGCACUGGGAAAGGAUGGGGUAGAUGGCGCGCUGGCGCUGGAGUCAGAGCUGCUGGAUCACGACUGUGAUAAUCAUGACGACUGGAAAGUCGAUUUGGUGUUGAGCGAUUUAGCAGCCCCGUUACGCCAACAGAGCGGGUUUUAUGACCACUCAGUUUCAAACGCCUACACUCGUUACAACACCAAGCGUGGCCUCAAUCUGGUCUUGUUGAACCCGACAAAGGCCAGCUUGGAUCUUGCGGAUGCGUCUGUCGGGUUGAUGGAUCUGGUGCUUCAGCGUGGGGGCACGUUUGUGUUGAGGUUGACCCGGAUUGACACCGAGGACUCCGAGAUUGAGAUCUUGAGACGGAGAUUGCAUCACUUGUUUCACCGCGUUGAUGAAAUCAAGAUGAAGAAUGAGUUUAAUUUCAUAUGCAAGGACAAAAAAAGUUGA